AGGUAAGGAUGAGGUGAGUAUCCUCAUAUUCUCAUAUCAUGAACCGCCUUUGGGGGAACUAUAUGGGCAAACAGUUCCCACGAGGCGCAGCGAGAGACGAGUCCCCGAGGUGUCUUCUUAUAACGUAUAAUUUUCUACGGUGAAGAUCCCCUUUCCGUCACAUGGUCCAUAUACCACAAUGUCCACUAAGGUGUGGGAGCGAACUUCCCAGUCGGAAGACAGUUAAAUGGGAAGCAGCUGCCUACGUCCCUGUGCACCUACCCGUUCUGUGCUUCCCACAAGAUCUUUUCUUCAAGCCGUAUCGGGUGACAGUGCAAAGAAAUCCAUCCCUUCGGCAUACCCCAGAAUCAGUUUCCUUCCCGUCCACUGUGCACUCGGAACCGAACGAACCAGCUACCGCAAUGGGUGUGGUAGGCCAUGGGACAGACAGAGACAACCGCAUGGGCCCAGUCUCUGGUCUUGUUGACAACUUGAACCUGUUUUUCCCCGGGCGGAAAGACAAGUCCACUGCACCCAUCGCCCUGGUCCGUAAAGGAGAGGAGGGUGUCUGCUCUGGCGGGUGGAACUGCUUGAGCCAGGGCCAGCAGGUUGGUAUUUUAUUCAGCGCCAUCCUGUUCUCUGUCUCUCUCAUCCUGGCCAUGGCCUACUAUUGCCAUAAUCGCAAGAACCAAGGUUGGACCGACGACGACGAAAACAUUAUCCCUAUGCGGCCCAUCCAGCGAAAGAGAUCAGACGACAAGAUGAGGCGAUCUCGAUCUAUCGUUUCACGACAUACCUCGUACAGUCUGCCGACGAUACCGGGUGUCCAGCCGCCGCAGUAUAAUGCCAUAGUUCCUCUUCGUCAGCCCACGGUAUAUUCGUAUAUCCAAGGCCAGAACCCGAUCCUCCUCCCUGCACCGCCUAUACAUGCUCUCCAACCGGCGUUGGGCCCUGUGCAGAGCAACCAGGGCACUGCGGUUCGCGCCAUGCAGGGCCAGCCUAACUACCGACCUAUUCAGUUACAGGUUGGACUGCCCAUGCCACGACAGACUUGGUAUGAGGCACAGUACCACGAAUGCGGCAAGUCUCCGGGAUACACCUCGCUGGCCCAGAGGUUCCUACAGCUUUGCCGUAUGCCAUAUGGCCGAGCAGAAACUAUUUCAAGUUCAAGACCCCAAUCAAGAAGCAAUUUGACAGAGAGAAGACAAUCUCAGGAGUCGAGGUUCUCUGCUGUUUCGGCUGAAGCCGCCCCCGAGGGGCACAGAAAUGAGGGAAGACCGACCGACGAUUGCGCUGUCACAGCCUCACCACAAUCUCACAUAGCCACGGUGUACAGCGAUGACUUUCUCCUUCCCCACCACCCCGAACAAGCGGGAGAGAGCACGAGAUCGGAUGCAGAUGCGAGGGAAUUUAGGCCGGUUCAGGGACAAUUCAAGUCCAGAUUUGACAGAACGACGGCCGUGGCUCGGCCGUCAACGAUCCUCGGGCUCCGACAUUCAACACCGUCGGUCAAAUGGACACGAAACUCGCCAACGCCACAGCAACCCGAAGCAUAAGCGAGCCUCUGGAAAUGGGAUGAUUCGCAUGCUAAUUACUGCCCUCUCCGGAGCCAUGGAAGAUAUGUCCACAUCUGGAAAAGAGUGGAACGACGGUGAUGCGGAA